GCGACCUCCCCAGGGUCUGUGGCCGCGAGGCUCUGCUACCUCGGGUGCCUUAGGAAAGCGACUGAGAGGUGCUGACUAUGAAGGUAUCAGUACAGGCUGUGGCAGUGUGGGGGAAAAUAGCUCCCUCUCACAGUAUCACUGCUAUUAUGAUUACAGAUGACCAGCAGACUAUAGUUACGGGAAGUCAAGAAGGGCAAAUAUGUUUCUGGGAUCUUGCAUCAGAAUUAAAGAUUUCAUCUAAAGAAAUUCUCUUCGGCCAUACUGCUUCUGUAACUUGUUUGGCAAAAGCAAGAGAGUUUGAGAAACAACCAUAUGUAGUAAGUGCUACUGAAAAUGGGGAGAUGUGUGUUUGGAAUGUCACUAGUGGACAGUGCAUUGAGAACGCAAAGCUUCCUUAUAGGCAUACAGCAAUCCAUUAUUACCAUUGCUCAUUCCGAAUGACAGGUGAAGGCUGGCUUCUUUGUUGUGGAGAAUAUCAAGAUGUUCUUAUUAUUGAUGCUAAGAGUUUGGAUGUUCUUCACACUUUAUCAUCAUCUCAGUCUUCUGAUUGGGUAAAUUGUAUGUGUAUUGUACACUCUGCAAGAAUUCAAGAAGACUCACUGGUUGCAGUGUCUGUAACUGGAACUGUUAAAGUGUGGGACCUAUCUUCAUCUUUGACUAGCAUACAGGAGAGACAAAGUGUUUGUGAGAAGGAAUCAAAAUCUCUGGACUGUGUAAAUUGUCAAGCGGUACGGUUUUGUACAUACACAGAGAGGCUCCUUCUUCUUGUGUCCUCCACAUGCUGGCAGGUCUAUGAUUACUGUGAUUUCUCCUUGCUUUGUACUGAGUUCUGUAGAAGUGGUCAGUGCUUUGCUGGUGGAGAAGUACUAGCAGCUUACAGACUUAUCAUCUGGACAGAAGAUGGUCACAGUUACAUCUACCAGCUGCUGAACAGUGGGCUUUCUAAAAGCACAUAUCCUGCUGAUGGGAAGGUGCUGAAAGAAACUGUUUAUCCUCAUUUACUCUGCUUUACUGAUGUGAAAGAAAAAAAGAGUUUUUCUUUUGUCAUGGGCUUCAUGAAUGAAAGAAAGGAGCCUUUCUAUAAGGUUCUUUUUUCUGGUGAUGCUUCAGGAAGGAUCACUUUGUGGCAUGUUCCUGAUGUCCCCGUGUCAACAUUUGAUGGUUCUCCAAAAGAGAUCCCAAUUACAGCAACAUGGAGUCUUCAGGAUAAUUUUGGUAAACAGCAUUCAAAGUCAGAGGGCAUUAUUGAUCAUCUUUGUGCAUCUAAAGAUGGAAUCGAAAGUGCAGUUGUCAGUUCCUCUGUAUACAUACCCAGUCUCGAUAAGCUUGUGUGUGGAUGUGAAAAUGGGAAAAUUUUUGUAACGCUGGGUUUAAACACUGCAAGAGCAAGACUUUUGGAAAACACAUCUUUGAAAGAUAAUGCACCUUACAAGGUUCUGAAUGGUCAUAGUAGCAGAAUCACUUGUUUACUUUAUCCACAUGAUAAAUCAGUAAGAUUUGAUCCAAGCUGGCUGUUAUCAGGGAGCCAGGAUUCUGUUGUGAUCUGCUGGGAUAUAUUUACUGGAGGCAUCUUACACCAAUUUAAUCUGCAAGCUGGUCCAGUGACAGAGCUUUUGCGAUCUCCAGAAAACUAUAAAUUAAAAGACCAUGGGAUAGUGUGCUGUGUGUGCAGUGAUCACUCUGUAGCAAUUCUACACCUUCAGAAGAGAGUAUGUCUCUUACAUGCCAGAAAGCACCUGUUUCCUGUGAAGAAGAUAAAAUUUGACCCUGUUGAAAAUCUGCUAAUUGUUGGAUGUGAGGACAAUUCGGUUUAUAUUUGGGAAAUUGAAACAGGCACACUGGAAAGACAUGAAACAGGUGAAACGGCAAAAGCCAUUCUUAGUGCCAUUGAAGAUUCGGAAUACAUGGUGGCAGAUACUCUACUUCCUGUAUCUCAGGAGUCAAAAAGAAAUAAAAAUGCUGGAUACAAACAUUCUAGCUUUUAUAAAUAUGGCAUGGUCUCUUACGAUCUCACUCAUACAGAAAAAUCUUCAGAUAAGUUAACUGAUACCAGCUGCAUCCAGCAGCCCUUUACUAUUUUACCAGUUAAGACAAAAUGGAACAGUGCAAACUUCCAUGUUCUUUUAUUUGAUCUGGAAAGACUCAAGGAACUUCUGCUGUCAUCUCAACUCAAUGGAUUAAAGACAUCAAAUUCAUUCCACAAUUAUGACACUCUAGAAAGAACCAAAAGUGCUACUGAGAAAAGGGCAUUGACAUUAAAAAGAAAUAAAACUGCUGGCUCCAUAUCUCCAGUGGAUGGUCAAGUAGAUACUGUUUGUUCAGUCCAGGUCUGUAAGGAUAACAAUACAGCUAGGCCUUUGGAAGAAAGUGGCAUGAAAAGACAGAAGAAAAUGAAGAGUUCUAGAAAAAUCAGAAUGCAGCCAUCAGGUAACAUUGAUGUGAAUGUUGUCACUGAUACAGCUAAACUGCUUUUGUCGUGUCUUUUACCAUGGGGUGUAGAUAAAGAAAUAGACAAUCUCUGUGUUAGACAUUUAGAUGUCUUGAGGCUUCAGCAUCCUGUUUCUUUUGGACUUGUGUCAAAUGAAAACCACCUAUCACUAAUGUUGCCAGGAUGGAAAUGUACUGAUGGUGGCAUGCUAGAAGAACGUGCAAUAGUCAACUUGUUUUCAAAAAGAGUGCUUGAUUUAUCAAACAAGUACCUUGCUGCAACUGAAGGAGAAACUGGAAAGAACAAUGGACCUGAGAAUAAUGUUUAUGGAACAAAGGGAUUGGAAACAGUAUUUUUCUUAUUUAGCAGAAUAGCUUUGGUCAACAGGAUUAUUAACACACCUUCAGCAGUUACAGAUGACAUUGAAAGUCCACAGAAAUCAGAAUCUGCGUAUGACAAAUGGCGAACUGUGGAAGCAAUAACACAUUCGUUCCCCAGUUUUUAUGGAGAGUUAACAAGAAGUAAAAGUAGAUAUCAUUCCCCGGACUUUGGGAGUGUUUCAUUGCUGAAACUCAUUUGUUGUUGGAGUGACCAGUCUGUAAAGAUUAUUGAGGCAAUGCAAGCAGUGCUGCUGGCAGAAGUUCAAAAGACUAUGAAUACCUUCAGCAAAACGGCAAUCUGCAGAGAGCCAUUUGCUAUAGUAGAGAAUGGAAAUGUCGGUGCGCUGAAGCAUGACAAGAGCUCCAACUCGGCAAACUUCCAAGAUGUGGAGGAUACGCCUGACAGAUGCGUCUUGGAAGAGUCUGAGAGUCCAGAUGAUAUGAAGUCACAUCCCUGGAUAUCUAAGGUGUGCUCCUGUAAGGUGUGUUAGAAAAACCUGUGCAGCCAGAAGAAUCAGAAGAUGCACAAGAACAACCAAGAAAGAAUAUAUGUGGUCUGGAUGUGAAAUGGCUUAUUUUAGUUGUUAUUGUAUGCAUUUAACAAUUCAUUUUCAGAAGAAAUUUAUUCCAUAAAAUCAGCUUAUUUUUGCUAGUUUAGUGGCUUCAAUUCAUACGUCCGUCAUUAACAGUUUUAGAUUUAUUCAACUAAAUUUAGAUAUUUCUAGCAUAGAAAAUAUCAACUCUUUAUUUUUAGAUGUUUUUCUCUAGUUUAUGUAGUGAUCACAAAUCUUAGAACUUUGACCAUAAAAAUUUGCAUCAGUUUUAAUAGUCUUUUAUAUAUGUAAAAUUUAAAUUUUUCUCUCUCCUUGCUUCUGGCUUUUAUUACCAGUAACAUUUUAACACUGAUCAAAAGCAAAUGCAUUUGAAAUAACUGGAAACAUUGUUUGUAUUUGAAGGAAUGAAUAUGGAGUAGUUAGAAACAACUAAAACACAACAAAUGUUAUUUGCAGAGAAGAGCAUGGGAAAUUGAUUAUAAAUCUAGUGGUACCUAGGAUGUGAAUUUUCCUUUUCUAUAAAUACUGCCAUCACCGUCAUCUCUGGAAAUGUAGUACCAAUAUGAAGUUGGAGAAGCUGAUUGGAGGCCUCUUCCGAAAUGAUAGGUAGUUUCUAUUUGUGCUCACUGGGAAAAGCAUCUAUACAUUUUUGUCUUUUAAAAAAUAUAUAUUGUUAUGUUUGGAGAAUAUUUUGAGCUUAUUAGACUCAUUGGCCACCUAAUGUUCUUGGGGAUUUAUGCUGGUUUGAUAAAUAAUGGCUACUUAGAGCAGUAAGCUCACUUUCUGUAUUACAAAUUGUCAGAGUGCUAAUGAAGCCAAAGGGACUUGAGGAUGGGCUUUUCUGGAUCUGUACAUUUUGGUGGAGAUAAUGGCCUGAUGUGAUCCUUCCUAACUGUCAAGGUGCCUUACCUAGCAGAAUGAAGAUUUCUUCAGUGUGGAGAGAUUCCCUGGCAAUGGAUCUCUUUCUUAAUUGUGGGGAAAUGUCAUGGCUGCAGGAGUGACAAAACUAGGUUUCUGUUGCCAUAUUGUGGCCUGAUUUUGGUUAAACAAACAUUAAACCUUUUUUGUUUUGUUUAUUUCUGUCUCAUAAGUCUAUAUCUCUAAAUGGAGUGUAUGGCAGCGAGGUCUACGGAAACAUUGAUGGAUGGGCCUUUUAAGAAGUAGCAUUUCCUUUUUUAUUCACCUAAAGAAUAUGUCUUUAAAAUAGGUUGCAAUCCAGAGAAGAUAAAGAUAUUUUAUGUAUCUUUUGCGUAUAUGAGCUUGUAUUUGAAUUAUGGUGACUAAACAAUCUGGAUGUUGAGUGUUAUAGCUUCGUUCUUUCAUUUAUUGUGCUGGAUGUCUGGGAUAAUUCCAUUGACUUAUUUAUACCUGUACAAUACAACUGAGAGCAGAACAUGUCUUCAGCUGACAUAUAUACUCUUUUAUGGUUAAAUCAGAGAUGCAGACAUCAAGAAUGUAAAAAUAAAAUUGCGACUAUAA